AUAAACCCCGCCCACCGGACCGAGAGUUACUGCGGCUGCAUACCGGUUCCUCCUUUAUCGUACGUUUAUGGUGUUGCUACUGGCCGUGACGCGCAACCGGCCACCGACGAUUUACAUAGUCACGGGUGAUCGUCUGCAUAGUGACAGUGAGUGAGGGAGGUGAAAGACGAUAGUGUGCCUGUGACAAUGUCUACAGACCGAGAGCCUCCCGUCACUGCCAAACUCCUUCACCUCAUGUUUCUCUCCACCUUCUGGGGAAUGCAGAUAUGGGUCACCUUCAUAUCAGGCUUUGUAAUGGACAACCAUCUAAACCGACACACGUUUGGCUUCAUCCAGAGCCGGCUCUUCCCGUUUUACUUGCAUAUCGGCUCAGCCUGUGCUUUCUUCAACCUCACCAUCUUUGCAAUGUACCAUCCUAGCAACAUGCUGGAUGACAAAGAGGCCUUCCAGAUCUUCAUUUUUUUUGUCUGUGUGACUGUGGCGGCAGUGAAUGCCCAGUGGUUUGGUCAGAUGACCUCGGAAAUCAUGGCAGACAUGCACCUGAUUGAGCAGGCCUGUGGAUUGGGUCAGGACAUCGGACUCUCGUCCAAUCGGGAAGCGUACGCCAAGCUCUGCGAGACAGAUCCCAAGUAUAAAAAGCUGAGUGGUCGGCUGUGGCUGUAUCACCUGCUGUCCUCACUUUGUAACCUCUGCUGUAUCAUAUGUAAUGGAUACAGCCUAUAUUACCUGGCAGAAAACCUCACCGCACUCUGAUGACCUUCCUGUAACAUACUGGAGUUAUACUCCCACAAUGCAAUGCAACCCCUUGGUUAACCUCUGUGUGACUCCGGCAGCGAUGAUCUGCUCUCAGGUACUGGAUUACCUCCUGACAAAUCUGGUUAUUAUGGUUAUGGAUUGUCUUUUUCAAUCUUUGUUGUGCUAGUUUUAGUUUAGAUAUGUGAUGUAUAGAGAAUAUUUUUUGUAAAUGUUACAGAUAAUGGCUGUGCAUAUUUAAAUGAUACAAUGUUACACUUUGCAUGGUUGAGAACAAACUGAUAUGCGAGUUUAAAUGAACAAAAAUGGGAAGUGGAAGGGUUAUUUUCAAAACUUUUCUUGACGUUCUAGAAAUUAUGGCACAUAUUUUUUGUUUUCUCAAUGAAGGCAACUUCACUCUGUCACAAAGUGGUCAAACUAUUUGAUUUCUCUGUUUCAACGGCCAGCCUCACCCUGUUCUCCUGAAUUGGGUGUGAAUAUAUCAACAUGUCCGAGCACAAUCUCUCAUUAUAAGUACACUUCCACAUUUGGACAGGGAUUAAUAUGCAAAUUAUGCUCUCAUCUGGCUGUAGGUUUAGAAUUCUGUUGCUGUUUGUUGAAAUGGAGCUUAAAUUAAAUGCACACAGCACCAGUUGCACCACAGAAUGGGGUUGUGCAUGUUAUACAAGUAUUUUUUUUUUAAUGACUCACAAAAACACAUUCUUAUUUUAUACUGAUUGACAAUGUAUACACGGUGUAAAAAAAAAAAAAAAAAAGAUGUUGAGCCAACUUAAAAUUUUAAGGCAACCAGCUUCAGCAGAUUUUUGAGUUUUCUCAACUUGUCGUUUUAAGUUUAUACAACAAAAAUUUGAGAAUCUCCCACAAAAAUAAGUUGAGCAAACUCAAAAAUCUGCUGAAGCUGGUUGCCUUCAAAUUUUGAUGAAAUAUAAAAUUAAUAUCAAAUGUGUUUUUUUUUUAAUAUAUAUAUAAUUUUCACUAUUACUGUUGUUCACACUACAAAUAUAUACUUCUGUUCAAAAGUUUAGGGUCAGUAAGUUUUUAUUUUUUUAUUAUUCUUUAAGAAAUCAGUGCUUUUAUUCCGCAAAUGAUCAAAAUGACUAUAAACACAUUUAUAAUGUUGCAAAACAUUUCUGUGUGAAAUAAAUGCUGUUCUUUUGAACUUUUUAUUAAUCAAAGAAUUCUGGAAAAAUAGUCACGGUUUCCACAAAAAUACUGGCACAAUUCCUUUCAACAUUGACAGUAAGAUUUUUUUUUUUGUUAUUAUUAUUCAAAUCAGCAUAUUAGAAUGAUUUCUGAAGGAUCAUGUGAGCCUUCACUGGAAUAAAUGACAUUUUUGAAUAUAUUAAAAUAGAAAAUAUUUAUUUUAAAUAGUUUUUUAUUGCAUUUUUAAAUCAAAUAAAUGCAGCCUUAUUGAUCAUAAUAAAAGAUGUUUCAAAAACAUGAAAAAUAUUACAGAAUAUUUAUGGCAGCCUGGGUCAUGAAUUAUGUUCAAUAUUUUCAAUUUUGGCAUUAUGUCAUUCAAAUAUACUGGUAAGACACAUUUACAGAUGUACUCUAUCUGAAUCCAUCAAACUGACCUUUGUUGUGACAGAUUCAACACGAACACGUUUAUGUCCUGUUUGACUGCUUUUGCACACUGUGCCUUUUGCAGAUGUUAAGCAACAACAAACCUGACUACCUGGGUGUACAUGACACAUUGCGUGCUUCACAGUCAUUUUAUUUGUCAAACACAUGUGAUGUGCCUAACUAGUGCGUUAGUCAUAUAAAAUUCUGUUUAUUCAGAUAUAAAGCACCAUUAUUAUAAUGGCAACACCUUACUUUGGAAUGUAGCUUCUGUUUUCAGUCGCCUUACACAUUCUGCUGCCUGUCCAUCAUAUUUGUGUAUAUUCAUAUCAGUAACAGUACAGUGCCUUGCGUAGAAAUAUGUUUCAGUUUUAGUACUGUAUGACCGUGUCCAGUAAGAUGCUGGUGAGGCUUUGGGUUUGUCCUUGUAAUUAGGGAUUGACUAUAUUUUAUCAAUGCAAAUGAACCGGCCGGACUCUCAGUUAAUGGUUAUAUUUACUAUAUUUAACUUAAAAUAUCAGCUUCGUAAAACAUAUGGUCAAAAUAAUUAAAUGCAUAGAUUUGUGCUUAAUACUGUUAUUGAAGUUCCAUCAGUGUUUAGCUGAAGUUUCAUUCCUGUCUGCAUAUGUGAAUGAAAUAGUAGAUGAAGAAAAUGUUGCAUUACCAGGUUUUCUGCCUGAAUAAAAGCUAACUGCAAUUUAUACCGCAUCUCUUUAUGUAAAGCUGAAAAAGUGUGUCAUUUUCUGAUAUUAAACGGCACAGUGAAAGUAAAUGUGAAAAACAACCAGCCUGACACGGUUGAACUAUUGUGUGAAUGACUAUCUGUUUGUCUGUUUGACCAGUAAUACAUUAGGGGUGCUUGGGAAAUCUGUUUGAAAAUAAUUAUUUUUGCAAUUCCAUUUGUGAAGAAAUUACACAUCACCUUCAAGAAUGAAGAAUAAUGUCUGAAUCUGUGAUGAAUGUAAAGCUGUUGCAGUUCUGAUGUGUAAUGUAUGGAAAUGGGUUGAAUGUUUUUUGUUUUCCAAAUAAACUGAUAAAAGUG